UGCUAAUAAAUGGAGCACGGUCAAGAAGUUCUGACUUCGAAAGUUCCCACAACCUUAUCAUAUUGAAAUCUUCAGCGUUUUUCAUUUGACUAUGUUUAAUACUAUAGUUACCCACCUAGUGUCUUUAACUUUUUUGUCGUGCAUUGGAUUUUAUUUUUAUGCGUACAUAGGGAGCUUGUACAUCAUACUUGCUACAAUUUCUUCAUUUUUGUAUAUUUCUUUCUUAUUAGCCAGUUUUGUGGAUAACGCUUUGCCAAGGUUCAGGGUUACCGCAACGAACAAGGCAGUGUUUAUAACAGGUUGUGAUACUGGAUUUGGGCAUCUUUUGGCGCGGAGAUUGGAUAGUUUAGGCUAUAAGGUAUUUGCUGGCUGUUUGAAUACUUCUGGUAAAGAGAUUGACGAGUUAAAGUACACUUGUUCCAGUAACUUGCAUAUUAUUAGUUUGGAUGUGACUCUAACGAAUAGUGUUCAACAAGCUUUGAAAAUAGUACAAAAUAACUUGGGGACUAACGAAUUGUGGGCCAUUGUAAACAACGCAGGAAUAAUAGAACGUGGCGAAGCUGAAUGGACACCGUUGGAAUUCUACCAGAAACAAUUCGAAGUAAAUACUUUUGGUGUUGUUCGCGUCACGCAAGCAUUUUUACCGCUUCUUCGAAAGUCGAAGGGCAGAGUCGUUACUACCACUAGCGUAGGAGGUCGCUAUACUUUCUCAGGUUUCGUUCCUUAUUGCAUGAGCAAACAUGCAACCAGCUCCUUCUGUGAUGGCUUACGUCUAGAGAUGGCAAAAUUCGGAGUCAAGGUUAUUACAGUCGAACCAUUUUCUUACAAGACUGCCAUGACGCACAUGCCUACGGUGCUCAACAGUGCUUUGAAUACAUGGGAAAAAUGCCCUAAAGAACUAAAGAAGGAUGUCUAUGACCAAAAAUAUCUUGAAGCUUUUGUGGAAUCCGUGCGCAAAUUUAAUGAGAAGACGGCCUUGCAAAAUACUAACAAAGUAGUGGACCUAUUAGUGGAAAGUGUAUGCGCUAUUAGUCCUCAUUAUUCUUAUGUACCAGGGGAUUUGUGGUCCUUACUGUCUCUUUGGUUUGCAAGGAGAAUGCCUAAAACACUUGCAGAUUAUCUGUUAAGGGAAACUGUCACAUUUGAUUGUGACGUUGAAAGGUAUUUGCAAGAUAAAACACUCAAAAAGAAGAUGUCCUAGGAUUUCAAAUUGUACAGAAAUAUGAACUUGUUUUCUGCAUUUGCUCUUAUAUGAUUUAUAUUCAAAUAUCAUCAGUAGUUGUACAUUUGUAAUAAAGUAAAUUUUCUUGUUA